GGCCUCUGCCUGCAGUGGUCACCUCUCCUCAGUCUCAGCCAUCACCAUGAGUGGCCGAGUUGGAGACCUGAGCCCCAAGCAGGCAGAGACCCUGGCCAAGUUCCGAGAAAAUGUCCAGGACGUGCUACCCGCCCUGCCAAACCCUGAUGAUUAUUUCCUUCUCCGUUGGCUCCGAGCUCGGAACUUUGACCUGCAGAAAUCGGAGGCCAUGCUCCGCAAGUACAUGGAGUUCCGGAAGACCAUGGACAUUGACCACAUCCUUGACUGGCAGCCCCCAGAGGUGAUCCAGAAGUACAUGCCUGGUGGCCUGUGUGGCUAUGACCGUGAUGGAUGCCCUGUAUGGUAUGACAUUAUCGGACCGCUGGACCCCAAAGGGUUGCUUUUCUCAGUCACCAAGCAGGACCUGCUGAAGACCAAGAUGAGGGACUGUGAGCGUAUCCUGCAUGAAUGUGACCUGCAGACAGAGCGGCUGGGGAGGAAGGUUGAAACCAUUGUGAUGAUAUUUGACUGCGAGGGUCUGGGACUGAAGCACUUCUGGAAACCUCUGGUGGAAGUGUACCAGGAGUUCUUUGGCCUCCUUGAAGCAAACUACCCAGAGACCCUGAAGUUCAUGCUCAUUGUGAAAGCCACCAAACUGUUCCCUGUGGGCUACAACCUCAUGAAGCCAUUCCUGAGUGAGGACACACGGAGGAAAAUUGUGGUGUUGGGAAGUAACUGGAAGGAAGGUUUGCUGAAACUCAUCAGUCCUGAGGAACUGCCUGCUCAUUUUGGGGGAACUCUGACUGAUCCAGAUGGGAACCCCAAAUGUUUGACCAAGAUCAACUAUGGUGGGGAGAUCCCCAAGUCCAUGUACGUGCGGGACCAGGUGAAGACUCAGUAUGAGCACUCAGUGCAGAUCAGCCGUGGCUCCUCACACCAGGUGGAAUAUGAGAUCCUGUUUCCAGGCUGUGUCCUCAGGUGGCAGUUCUCAUCUGAUGGUGCAGACAUCGGCUUCGGAAUUUUCCUCAAGACCAAGAUGGGGGAGAGGCAGAAAGCCGGGGAGAUGACUGAGGUGCUAACCAGCCAGCGCUACAAUGCCCACAUGGUACCUGAGGACGGGAGCCUCACCUGCGCAGAGGCUGGUGUCUAUGUCCUGCGCUUUGACAAUACCUAUAGCUUCGUCCAUGCCAAGAAGGUCAGCUUCACAGUGGAAGUGCUUCUCCCAGACGAGGGCAUGCAGAAAUAUGAUGAGGAGCUCACCCCUGUCUAG